AUGGAGCAGAGACCACCCAGCAUGACCAAGCUGGCCUGGGUGGAGGAGGAAGAGGCUGGAGCUCCCUCAGCACAGCAGCCUGAAGAACUGGAGCAGUUCCAGCUGCUGCAGGAGGGUGAGUGUCAGAGCUGGGCUGCAGGGCUGGAGCCUGCAGCCAGCUUGGCCCCAUCCCAUCCCUGUGGACAUGCCCAUGGAUAAGACAGAAGCUGGGCUGGAUCAUCUGGCAGCUGUGCUCCAUCCCCCGGGGCAUGCCGAGGCUCUCCCUGCCUGGGGAGCGCAGGGCUGGGCUCUGUUCUCCGGCCUCUCCCGCAGCCCCUCAGCCCUGUCUGUGCUCGCUCUCUGCCAGAUGCAGCUGAGGAGUGGACACAAGAGCAGGAAGCCGCCCCUGGCCGCUUUUGCGGAACAGCGCAGGUACCUGCGGCCAUCCCUGCCUGGGCUGGGCCUGCUGUCACUGCUCAGCCAAGCACCAGGCUUGGAGUGCUCCAUGGAUGCUCCCUCCCUUCCUGCCCUUCUCCUGCAGACCCUCUGUGACUCCAUCAUGUGCCUUUGGCAGGAAGAGACCGCUGGUGUGGGCACCGGCCUCUUGGCGGACCUUCUGUUCCUCAAUGCUGAGACCGGUGCUGCCAUGCUGGAUUUGCUUGUGGAGGAGGGUGUCUCCGAUCCAACGCAAGUGCCCGCCAUGGUGAGGUACAUCCACCAGUGGCUCACGGCCAAUGAGUCUGCUGGGCACAGGCUGGACGAGGCCCUUCUGGAGCUGACCGAGGAAUACCCCUCGGACGUGAUGAUCACCCUCUUGCGCUGGGCCCCAUCGUGUGACAGAGCUGCCGCGACCAUGUGGGGAACCAUCAUGUCCUCGAGCAGGACUGCGGAGCCGGCGCUGCAGUUACUCCUCGACGCGCUCAGCGCCUGGCCAGUGUACAGCGUGUACACCUCUGAUGGGGACAACACAGGAGUCUUUGCCCUGGCUGCAACCGUGGCACUGUGGAGAGUCUUCAAUCUGACCUGGCGCUCCCCUGUCGUGCUGGAGUAUUUCCCCAAUCUCUUUCUGCGUCUGCUCUUCCAAGCUUACAUCAGCACGCAGGAGAUGCCAGAAGAGGUUGAGACUUUCUGGAAGGGAUGCCAGGAGGAACACGGCCUGGCCACCAACCCCAACAGGUGCUCCAUGCCAGUCCUCGCAGUCUCCCCAUCCCUCCCAUGCCCCCAGGGCAGGAGCCAGGGCUCCCGACCGUGA